GAGACCGCCGACUGGGCUGCAGGUGUCGGGCCGCCGAAGAAGAGGAGGACGCCCGCGAUCCCCGACCAAGCACGGACUGUUGAAACAACAGAACCGUUCUACGUCGCCGUGGACUAGGCCACCUUUUCUGGUUAAAAAGGCAGUACAAUAA